GUCUGUGGCUUGCCCGGGAGCCGUGCCCGCCAAGCAGCGCUGCGACGCGAGCUAACCUGGCACCCUGGCACGCUGGCCAGUAGAACGGCAAAACGACUUCCACACUGCUCCUCGACCACCUCGCAAGCCGCAUACCUAUCUCCUCCAUCCUCACCACACUGCCACACUACCACACUACCACACUACCCCGCUUACCCCCGUACAGUCAUAUAUCACCGCCAUCUACCUCUACUGCGCGCACACCGCCGUCGUAGUCCGCAGUUCUGCUGUGAAGCCCUGGCCGGUGGCCUCGCAGCCAUCCUCUCUGCCGCUUGUUCGCUCUUUUACUCUACCAAGCUUCCCGCAGAGCCUGUCCUUUGUAAUUUUGUCCUCUCAUAACUCGUAACUGCCAAUGGAUAGAGAUCGCGAAACACUAUGGACGCGCCGUUCCAACUCCACCAAGCUCUCUCUAUCCAUGUCCAACACGGACCAGCCUGACAGCAAGCUCGACCACCCCACCCGUACCUACUCUACGAGCAAACGCCUCGGUGGCGAUAGCUCCUCGCACGGCGGCAGAUCCAAUCCUUUCAACGCCAUCUCUCCUCUGACCGGCGCCUCCGUGGCUUCACCGACUGCUGGAGCUUCGACUGCUUUCGGACUUGGAUCCGGCGCCUUUGCGUCUUUCGGUUCUGCGACCAAGACACCAAAGACGCCGGGAACCGCUUUUGAUUUCAGCAAAGCAGCAACCUCGAGCCUGACUCCCACCACCCCUGGCGAAAAGCGGGACAAGCCGACCUUCAAACAGAUUGCGAGCAGCAGGAAGGAAUCGCAGCCAGCCAUGGCGCCAGAAGACGCACACUCGUCGGGAGGGGCCCAGCUGGACCCGAGGGUUCCAGCGCCGCUGAAGUACACAUGGGUGAUUUGGUACAGGCCGCCGACCCCGAAAAAUGCGGAUUACGAGAAGUCAACGAAACCAAUGUGCAAGAUGGGCACUGCGCAGGAGUUCUGGAAAGUAUAUGCGCACCUCCGCCGGCCCUCGCACCUGCCAACUGUCUCAGACUACCAUUUCUUCAAGGAGGGAAUUCGUCCUGUGUGGGAGGACGAAGAGAACAAGAGGGGUGGUAAAUUUAUCAUGAGGCUGAAGAAGGGCGUGUGUGAUCGGUACUGGGAAGAUCUUCUUCUUGCUAUGAUUGGAGAUCAAUUUGCCGGAGCCGGGGAAGAGGUUAACGGUGCUGUCUUGAGUGUCAGGGCCCAGGAGGACGUAUUCAGCAUAUGGACCAAGCAUGAUGGUGGUCGGAACAUUAAGAUUCGUGAAACCAUUAAACAGGCCCUGGCCCUACCCUCGGACACGCGGAUCGAGUUUAAGAGCCAUGACGACAGCAUCGCUCAGCGAUCUGCGAUUGAUCAGGCACGCCAUGAAAAGAUUGGCCAUCACAGCUCGGAGAAGCGCCGAGUCACGUUGUCGACGGAAGAGCACACUCCUGGAAAGGAGAAGCCUUCAGCAGGCGUGUGAGGACAGUGGACGCCUACACCAAACAUUUCAUACUUAAUUGCAUGCAUUAUACGGCUUCCAUGACAUCGGGUAAGGUUGGGAUAGCGCGCAAUUGAACUUCUCCCUCUUCGGCAUUUCAGGGCGGCCACGACUGGGUCUUGUUUUUCGGCUGGACGUGCCUCGUGCACCUCGACGCCUCUUGUAUUCUAGUAUUGUCCUUAGGGCGGUGGGCAGCGUUGUGAUAGUCCUGGAUUGGCAGCGUUCUGAGCCGAUAUACCACAUCUCGAAACGGUCUAUAAAAAAGUAGGAUCUACUGAGGAG